AUGGUGAAGAAGAAAACCAAGAGCAAGAUACCAAAACCGGUGGAGACCGUUGCUCCACCGGACAACGUGCCAACGAAUACUGCCGAACCACUUCCUCAUGCGCCUGAAGUUCCAUUGACAGCAGAGCCAUCAGCCACAGAAGCAGCGUCCGGGGAGCAGUCAAUGCCAACCGCUUCCGAAGUGGAGACAGACGAGGGUACGGUUCCCACGCAGGUGGACGUGUCCACACCCGAACCCUCACAUCACCCUGAGAGCAUACAGACUAUUCCCGACGAGGCUGCAGAGCCACAGGCCAUUGAGAUCACAUCUGCUGCAGACCUGGAUCCACCAAUGGAGGAAGAGCGGGAAUCUGGAUCGCAAGCGGACCCUACCGAAGCCACAGAGUUAGCGACUGCCGCACAAAGCGCUGAAGAUAUGCGCCGUACUACGGGAGCGGAAGAACAGUCACCGAUCAUUGAAGCUGGAGACGCAAACGAUCCAGAACCCAUUGUGGAUCAAGAGGAUGCGUCAGAAGAACAACAAAUCACAGUUCAAGGGUACACAUAUCAACCAGCGUUACUUCCAAUCCAAGAAUCUGUUCAACCUACAUUUGAAGACGACACACCGGUUGAAGAUACGGAACCUCCACAAGGAUCUGCAAUUGAGUCAGCGCCCGGAGCAGGAUCAGAACCAUCUAUACAGAGCGCCCCUACCGCCGUAGAAGAAGCUGUUGAGUCGGCGGAACCAAUGGAAGACACCGUCAGUGGAGAAGAAGUUCAGCUAGACCCGAUAGAUGUACUCGAUGUACCCAACGCUCUUGAAGCACCUGAAGCUCCCGAGGCUCAACCAGAAGAGCCAGUUGAGGAUGUCGUUACUGAAACUGUAACAGAAGAAGACCAAGCUGCGCAUGCACAAGAACCCGAGAGCCUUCUAGCAGUACCCCAACAGUCGGUGCAUGCUGAACCACAAGAUGCGCCUGACGAUGAGACAUCAGCGCCAGAAGCCCCUGAGAGGCCAGGUUUCGAGAGAUUUGAGACUGCGCAGGAGGGACUGGGAACGCUUGCUGCUGAGCCGACGGUGGAGCCCGAAUCUAUGCCUGAGGUUUUAUCUGUAGACGCUGCCACGAAGCCGUCAUAUGAGUUUGCUGCGCCGGCGGAAGAAGAAGCACCGGUGCAGGAACAGGAGCAGCUUGAGGAAGAAGCAACGAUCACUGCUGAAGCCCAAGAAGCCGCUGAGAAUGUACAGGCGGCUCAAGCCCAAGAAGAUGCGCAGCGAAAAGAGUUGGAGAGAUUGGAGCAGGAGGCACUCGAGCACGAGCGGCAGACGAAAGACGCGCUAGAGCAAGAGAUAUUACAGAAGGAAGCUGAAGCCAAGAGAUUAUCAGAGGAACAACAUGCGAGAGAGGCUCAAGAAGAGAUGGAAGCUACCGAAGCUGUUAAACGAGCUGUAGAAGAGAUGAGAACCAAGAAAGAAGAACAGCAGAAGGAAUCCGAAAGGCUUGAAGAAGAGCGGUUAGCCCGUCAGAGGCUUGAGCAAGAGAAAUUAGAGCAGAUUGCUGAAGCGAGGAAGCUUUUGGCGUUAAUGGAGGAAGAAAGACGUGCGGCAGAGAUCCAGGAAGAGCUCGAAGCUGCUGCAGUUGCGGAGCGUGCUCAAAGAGAGAAGGACAAGAUCGAAGCUGCUGCAGCUGCCGAACGCGCUCAAAAAGAAAAGGAAGAACUCCAGGAAGAGCAGUUACGACGUGAGAGAGCUGCGGAGGCUCGAAUCGCUAGGAAAGCUCGAGCUGCAGCAGAUGUUCUUGAAGAAGCUCAAAGAGAGGCAGCCGAAAAGCAUACCGAAGAUGGGUCACGUGAGCAAGCCGAGAUACCAUUCAUCGCACGCCGAUCAAUGAUUGAGUCAGCACGUGCUCCGUCACCUCCUUCGGGAGUACCUGAUAUGCACGAUCGUUCUCCAGUCUCUGAUCGACCAUUUCGAUCGUAUCGAUCUUUCGCGCCACAUGCACCGAAGCUUAGAGCACAUGAAGCGGGUCCAAACCAUGCACCAAAGCCAUACGCUGUGGCACAGCUCAUUGAGGAUAAUAGACCUCCAGCACCGAGCCCGCCAAUGAGUAAAGCACGACCAAGCUACUAUGCCCCGCCAGCCCAGCCGCCUCACCAGUACCCAAAUCAUGCCUACGGCAUGAGUCAGCAGGGUUAUCCCGCGCCUAACCCCAAUCCUUACGGCCCUUCGUCGCAUUCUUCCUCCCCUCCCUACCAGGAAUCAUGGAGCCAAUACCCACCCGGGUACCCUCCUUAUGGCAACUCAUCGCAACGACAGGACUCCUCGGGUUCUAGAGACUAUCAUUUACAUGCUUUAGAGAGUCGACCUGCAAUCGAAAACGGGUCUGGCGACGCUUUCUCACGCAUCCCGCAGACCGAUCUGCACGUUCUACUUGCGCAUUACAAAGAGAAUCACAAUCAAUUACGUAUUAGGGAGGACUUGCUCCGUCGGCAAAGCGCUGAGCAAGAACAGCAACUGCGAGCAAAGGAUGGUGAGCUUGGUGAGCUGAAGGAGAAGAUUCGCAACUUGGAAGACAGGCAUUCCGCCGAAGCAAGCAGACUACAUUUUCAGAUUGGUAACCUGGAAGAGCAAGUUAGGGAGCUUCGAGAGCUGAUUGCUGAAACCAAGAAAGCUAAAAGAGACGCUGAAGAGUCCAAAUUGGCAUUGAGUGCAGCUAUGAGGUCUUGGGAGGAUAGGUACAGGGAGUUGGAAGAUGUGCAUCGCACCUUGGAGAGGACCUCGGCUGAAGAGAGGGAAAGGGCGUGGAGAGAUUUCGAUGAGUGGAAGUCUGCCACGGUUACGAAACACGACGCCGAGAAGAUCGCCCUUGCUAUUCAAUUCGACAAGAAGCUGAAGCAAGCUGGGCAAGAUGCCGAGGAGGCAUCCAAACUGAGGUCUCAACUCCAGGAAGCCCUUGAGGAGCGCGACAAUCUACGGAAGCAGCGAGAUGAAGCAGAAACGAAGGCCGAGGAGGAAGCAGCGAGAGCCAAUCAGCUGGCAAGAGAGAAGGAUGAGCUGAUGAACCAGUACAAUCAACUCAAGGCCGAGAGCCAACAAGAGAAGGAAGUCAUCAGGAGUGUUGCCAGCAACCUCGAGUCGGAGAAAUCCAGACUGGAGAAGAUGAUGGAAUGCUAUGGUGAUAUCGCCGAGAUCAAAAGCAAAGGCGACAACUACUACCUGGUAGCCUUUUCUCAGCUGCAGAGGCAGAUUAUCGAUCUUGCUACAAUCCAUUUCGUUCACCUUCCAGUAAGGCCGCCGCCGGAGGAUCUCUCACAAGUACCGUCCAACUUACCGUCAUUCCUCGGCGAUUCCAUUGCCUCCAGACAAGUUCGAGCAGCAUAUAUCGCCCACACUGUAUCAAAGCUGAUCACGUUCCGUGUUUUCGGUCCGUUCUUGUUCAGUCUUGGUCGCCGGUACGACAAAGCUGAUUCACUGUUCUCAUCGAUGAGCCACCACAUUCGCGAGAAGAGCACACGUAAAGAAGCGAUUUGGCGACAGCAAACUCUCCUUGCUGCAUUCACUAGCACCGGCGCGAAGCAGCGCAUCAAUACUGCUGCAGGAACUGUUGUAGAAGAGAUCGUCAACGCCAUCCGACACUUUGCUGAUCCGAAAGAGGAGGAGGGCAUCAAGAUCGCCGUGAAGCGCAUCGUGAAGGUCGCUGCGGAGACAUGGAGGUUUGCUCGUCUCGAGCGCGAGAUGAUCACCGCUGUCAUGCCUGCGUUACAUGACGAAGAGCAUCAAUUCACCGGCAACCAAUUUUGGCCAGCUUACAAGGCAGAGACAGGUUCAGCGGACGAUAACCCCCAUCCAACUGAUUCGCAACGACAACUACUACUCAGAAUUUUCCCGGUCGUCUAUCGCGAAUCGAAGCACGAGAUCUUCCAGAAUAACGAAGAGCAGCGCGACGAAGGCUGUGUUCUCCACCAUGGACUGGCAUUGUAUGACGAUGCAGAGCCGGUCGUGACGAGAAUGGAGGAGCUCAAAUCUGCUGGUUUGCCUUCCCAUACCACUGCAUUAACGAGUCCGACUGACGAGGGCAAGUUUCCGCCGCCGGCCUGCCCGCCUCCACGCGACCCUAUACCACCUCCUCCGUCUCCACCCGCUCCCCGAUCUCCGACGAAGACCGAGACGAAUUCGGCUGAGGAACCUCCCGCAUCACGUCCGAUGUCCCCGAUCGUCGAGAAGCCAGAGAAGCCCAAGAAGCUUUCGGCCAUUGAGCGAGCUUUGAACCUCUUUUCUGCUCCUUCUCUGGACGACAAGCCGAAGCCUCCAGGCUCUACCUUUUCACGUCCACCGGCGCCUCCAACGUCCGUGUUCACAUCGCCUAGGAACUUCAUUGGUAUGCCAGUGGAAAGUUUGGCUCCUUCACAUGCACCGAGUCCUAAGAAGAAGCCACCACCGCCGCCGCCAAAGCCAAAGCCCGAAGUUCCUUCAACGGCCGCAGAGAUCGCGGAAGCCAUACGCCACCGUGCAUCCGUUGAGAGCGCGAUUCUGCCUCCGUCUUUCUCACGCACCACAACAGAAGACACUAUCCGAGAGGAUUCGCGAGCUCCAACGCCGGUUGACACAGUAUCUCACGUCUUCGAUGCCAUAGAUGAGAUUGAAACACUGGUGCCUCAACGUGCGCGGACUACAUCGACCUCCACCACGCAUUCGCGACGCCGCUCUACGCACAAGCGUCGAUCUAGCGAACAUGCCAUGGAGGACGAGCUGUUCGAUAUCACUCCUCGACCGGAAAUCAGUCGAAGAAAGAGCGGUUAUGCUGCGAGUAUCCGUACGACCAAGUCUGCCGAUACUGAGCGCACAGAUAGGAGUGAGCGUACCGAUAAGAGCGAGCGCACCGAAAAAAGCGAGCGCACAGACAAGAGUGAGCGAACCGAGAAGAGUAGUCGCAGUCAUCGAACAGAGAAGAGUGAUCGCUCGGAUAAAACCGAGCGUGAAAAGGCUCGCUAUAUGUAUGAGACUCGCGGUGCUGCCAUGAAAGCUUUGUAUCCCAAUACUCCGACAAAGGGCUCUCAUGGUAGCUCCAGAAACUCCGCUAGGAGUGAAAGGAAAGACAGGAACAAGGACAGAGGUAGCAAGGACUCUACAAAGGAAUCAAUAUCAUCAAGAGAAUCCCGCGAGUCGAGAGAGUCGAAGCGAGAGUCACGGGAGGUCAAGAGACAAAGGAGUAUCUCGGAUGCUGGCACUUGGGAUACAAACAGCAUCAUGACCCAUGAUUUCGCACCUACCACUAUUACGAUGGAUGCACCUUAUCCUUUCGCGUAUGACUCAAGACGAGACUCGAAAGAGUUGAAGAGAGAGUCGAGAGAGAUAAGACGGCAGAGAAGUAUUUCCGACGCUGGCACCUGGGAUACCAACACUGAGAUCACUACUCACCGUCCCCCACCCACCACCGUAUCGACCAACGUUCCUUACCCAACAGGAAUGCCCUGGGAAUUGAAGCGAUCGAGAAGCAUUUCCGACUGUGGUACCUGGGAUACUAGUAGUGAGGUCACUCAACGUGCUCCACCCACUACCGUAUCGACCAACGUCGCCUACCCAAUGGAGAAGGACAUGGACGAGUCGGAACGAUGGUCCAUGCCACCACCCCGUGACACGUGGAGGAUGAGCACUCCCGAUGACGACGUGUCCGAUGCCGGGACCUGGGACACGAAUACUGAGAUUACCACUCACCGCGCUCCCCCUACGACCGUCUCUACCAACGUUCCCUAUCCGACACAGCUACCGCGAUAUCUGCAAAGACCAAGUGAUUCUGAUGAGGAUGAGUCUGACGAUGGCAUAUCCGAUACUGGGACUUGGGAUACGAAUACCGAGAUCACAGCUCGCGCGCCUCCAACAACCGUAUCCACCAACAUACCCUACUCAAGCGUGCUACCCCAACAGCUGAGAAGGCUGAGCGGCAGCGACGCCGGCACAUGGGAUACCAACAGUGAGAUUACCACAGUGACCCACCGCGCUCCUCCUACAACCGUGUCAACCAACGUCCCAUACCCAACCGGUCAAUUCAACGAUCUCGGUCCAUCGAGUUACCCACCCGGACCUUUUGAGCAGCUUAAGCGAGUUGAACAACUCAGAAAGCAGCACGAGCAGAGCUUCUCCGAUGACGGUUCCGACUCCGGUACCUGGGAUACGAGCAGUGAGAUUACGCAUGCGAACAACGGUCCCGCUACGGCUGUCUCGACCAACAAACCCUACCAUCACACCGAGAGACCCAGGAACGUGGAUAGACCCAGAAACUUGAGAAGACAGACGAGUCCUUCGGAUGCGGGAACGUGGGAUACCAACAGUGUGAUUACGAAUAACGAUAUGAAGACGACUGUUUCGACGAAUGUGGCGUAUCCUUCUGAACGGCGGACUCGAUAG